CCCCAGUCCGCACCUCCCUUCUCCACUCCCCUCACCCCCCACUCCCUCCUCCGCCCUAUUAAAACACCCACCAGCUCGCUUGUUAAGACCCCCUUAAGUUGGAGGAGGCAGAAAGGCAACAACAGCGAGGAAGGAGAAGUCAAGACGUCUGGAAAGAAUUACCCAGUCCUGGCUUCCAGCAGCCCAUUGAACCAGGGACUUGAACCAGCCCCAGCCAAAGACUUUCUCCUGAUUCUGCGCUUCCUGGGUUCUUCGGAGUCUUCACCGGGCUUUUCUUGACCCGAAUAAGAAAAGAGACUAUCCGAUAUCAGGGGAGGGGGAACUGGAGCAAAAAAUAAAAUAAAAUAAAAAAAAAAGUUAAUUUAUUUUUAAAGCACAAAUUUUUCUUUUUAAGAAUUAGACUGAAGUGCAACGGAGAUAGUAAACAGAAUAGUAGUGAUAUUUCCUUUUUAAAAGUGGGGGAGAAGCAAACAUUUAAGACUCCCCAAUCCUUUUUAAAUGUUGUUUUUAAAUUUUUUAUUUUUUUUGGCUGGUCGUCUCAAAUUCAUCUGAUCUCUUAUUACCUCAAUUUUGGAAACUGCCCGCCACCAACCCUCCGGGACCACACAGACAGGCUGAGGACAACUUUAUGACCAAGAGCUGAACAAGAUGCAUUGUGAGAGGUUUCUGUGUAUCCUGAGAAUAAUUGGAACCACGCUGUUCGGAGUGUCUCUCCUCCUCGGAAUCACCGCUGCUUAUAUCGUCGGCUACCAAUUUAUCCAAACAGAUAAUUACUAUUUCUCUUUUGGACUGUACGGUGCCUUUUUAGCAUCCCACCUCAUCAUCCAAAGCCUGUUUGCCUUUUUGGAGCACCGAAAAAUGAAAAAAUCCCUAGAAACACCCAUUAAAUUGAACAAAAGUGUUGCUCUUUGCAUCGCCGCGUAUCAAGAAGAUCCAGACUAUUUACGAAAAUGCUUGCAGUCGGUGAAGAGGCUGACCUACCCGGGGAUUAAAGUAGUCAUGGUCAUAGACGGGAACUCGGAAGACGACCUCUAUAUGAUGGACAUCUUUAGUGAAGUCAUGGGCAGGGACAAAUCAGCCACCUACAUCUGGAAGAACAACUUCCACGAGAAAGGUCCUGGUGAGACGGAGGAGUCGCAUAAAGAAAGCUCGCAGCAUGUCACACAGUUGGUCCUGUCCAACAAAAGUAUUUGCAUCAUGCAAAAAUGGGGUGGAAAAAGAGAAGUCAUGUACACGGCCUUCAGAGCGCUGGGACGCAGUGUGGAUUAUGUACAGGUCUGUGAUUCUGACACCAUGCUUGACCCUGCCUCCUCUGUGGAGAUGGUGAAAGUUUUAGAAGAAGACCCCAUGGUUGGAGGUGUCGGGGGAGAUGUCCAGAUUUUAAACAAGUACGAUUCCUGGAUCUCCUUCCUCAGCAGUGUGAGAUACUGGAUGGCUUUUAAUAUAGAAAGGGCCUGCCAGUCUUAUUUUGGGUGUGUCCAGUGCAUUAGUGGACCUCUGGGGAUGUACAGAAACUCCUUGCUGCAUGAAUUUGUGGAAGACUGGUACAAUCAGGAAUUUAUGGGCAGCCAGUGUAGUUUUGGUGAUGACCGGCAUUUAACGAACCGAGUGCUGAGCCUGGGCUAUGCAACAAAAUACACAGCUCGAUCCAAGUGCCUUACGGAGACACCGAUAGAAUAUCUCAGAUGGUUAAACCAGCAGACCCGUUGGAGCAAGUCAUACUUCCGAGAGUGGCUGUACAAUGCUAUGUGGUUUCAUAAACAUCACUUGUGGAUGACCUACGAGGCCGUGAUCACUGGAUUCUUCCCUUUCUUUCUCAUUGCGACAGUCAUCCAACUCUUUUACCGGGGUAAAAUUUGGAACAUCCUCCUCUUCUUGUUAACUGUCCAGUUAGUAGGUCUCAUUAAAUCGUCCUUUGCCAGCUGCCUUAGAGGAAAUAUUGUCAUGGUCUUCAUGUCCCUCUACUCAGUGUUAUAUAUGUCAAGUUUACUUCCUGCCAAGAUGUUUGCAAUCGCAACAAUAAACAAAGCUGGGUGGGGCACGUCUGGAAGGAAGACCAUUGUUGUCAAUUUCAUAGGACUCAUUCCAGUAUCCGUGUGGUUUACAAUCCUCCUGGGGGGUGUGAUUUUCACCAUUUAUAAGGAAUCUAAAAAGCCAUUCUCAGAAUCCAAGCAGACAGUUCUCAUUGUUGGAACGUUGCUCUAUGCGUGCUAUUGGGUCAUGCUUUUGACGCUUUAUGUGGUUCUCAUCAAUAAAUGUGGCAGGAGGAAGAAGGGACAACAGUAUGACAUGGUGCUUGAUGUAUGAUCUUACGUUGUUUGAUGUUUGCUGUCACAUACGCAGACACACACAAAACCUUAGUUCCUCUUGGGACUGUACAGUAUUGUGGCAUCCAAUAAUGCCACCAAAGGAGACACAUCACUGCUGCUGGGACUUGAACCAAGACAUGUCUCUAUGGGUUUAUUUUGAUUCAGCCAAAGGAAAACAAGACAUCAAUGAGAAGAAACUCAGAUUUAACCUGUUAUUUCUAUGAAAAUGGGAAGCAUUCUUUGUUUAUGCACUUUUUCCUUAUGUACAUCUGCCUAACAGUGUUUGCCCUAUAUACCUCACUAGCCAUGCUUUAUGUGGGUUAUCAUGGAAGAAAA